AUGGAUCUGUCUCCGCGAGCCCUCGUCCGGCUCCUUCUGCCGCGCCUGCCACUAUUACUCAAGACGGCCGUCUUCAACGCGCUCUCUUUGUCACCGAAUUCAUCCAAGCAAGAUUUGACAACAGAAGUUGCCGUGGUUGUCCUGCGAUCGAUUCUCACGGUGAGGAAGCCCAUGGCCUAUCUACAACACGUCUCCACAAAAGAUCCGGGAAUCAGAGGACCGAUAUGCGUUGCCAAAGUAACUAUUCCGCCACCCCUCGACGCGACCGGUCCUAGAGAAGCUAUUGUGAAGGCUAUUGAAGGGCUGGGAGACGGCAGCGAAACAUAUACUCUGCCUGACGUUGUGGGUGUAGAAGCUGAAUGGACUGGUUACAGAAAGGGCGCCCCGGCUCAUGAACCCAGACCAGAUGUGUCCGAAGAGGACCAUUAUAGAAUCUUGAUGGCAAGCGUCUCGACUGGCACCACCAUUCUAUAUUUCCAUGGCGGUGCCUAUUUUCUGAUGGACCCGGCAUCGCAUAGAGAGCCUGUUUCUCGUCUGGCACGGUUGACUGGAGGUCGUUGCUAUUCUGUUAGAUACCGUCUAGCUCCUCAAAAUCCUUUCCCUGCUCAGCUGCUCGAUGGCUUGGUGGCUUAUCUGUCGCUCCUGGCACCUCCCAAAGGCUUGCCCCAUGACCCUGUGCCUGCGAAGAGUAUUGUGUUUGCUGGAGAUUCUGCGGGUGGCAACCUUGCCCUCGCAUUGCUACAACUCUUAUUGACACUGCAAAGAAUGGGCGUGCGCAGCAUCAAAUUCCAUGGGGACGAUGUCCCCGUCCAACUUCCGGCGGGCAUCUGUCCAAACAGUGCGUGGACCGAUAUAUCUCGUUCAAUGCCUUCCAUCAACCACAACGCUCACUUGGACUAUCUGGAUCCACCCACUGCCGAAGGAAUCUCUAAAGCUGAUCCCAUUCCGGACCAUUUGUGGCCCGCAAGCCCUCCUCGAGCAGACAUCUUUUGUAACGCAUCCAUGCUGGCACAUCCUCUGGUGUCUCCUCUAGCUGCUAGCCCAGAACACUGGAAUGGAAUGCCGCCUGCAUGGCUGUGCUUGGGGAACGAAGGUCUGGAGGAUGAAAUCACCGUUCUGGCACGCAGAAUGCACCAGGGUGGUGGAGUGGUGGAUUUCGUGGGCUACGAGGGCAUGCCCCAUUGCUUUGCCAUGGUAUUUCCCAAGACGCUGAAAAGCAGAGACUGUUUCGAACGUCAGGCCAAUUUUUGCUCGGCUGUCGUCAACGGUAACCCCCCAAGUUCGAGUCGAGCUGUCUGGGUGAAAGCCUUUUCGAAGCCAUCACACGUUGAAGAGCUCGACUUGGAUCAACUGAGCACGCUAAACGAUGAAGAAGUGGUGGAUGCGAUAAAUAGGAUGCAGAACCAUGCCAAGAGGAGGGAGGAAGAAGCUUUGAUGAAAUGGGACGAACAGCAAACUAGGGCCAAGUUAUGA